CAUUGACAACUGUUGAAUUUGUUCGGCAGAUCGACUGUGCUGUGUGUUGAUCGAAAAUAAGCGGAAUAAAACAAUAUUGUGACUUUUUAAUAAACAUUUUAACAUGUGAGUGAUGAGUUGUACGGAAAAUGAAAGUGGCCCUUUUGUCGUGUUCUUCUUACCAGCGGUCGUUGGCUGCCUGACCAUACUCCUGGCUAGACGCUGGGCGAACUCCCAAGUUAGCAAUACUUCGUCUACAGCCGUCUCUAGGCGGCGAAAAAUCAUAAAAGACCCGCUUAUCAAGCGGCCCCUGCCGCAGAUAACAACUAAAAUGAUGCCACCCGGAUCUAAAAAAACCACUGGUGUUAACAAGAAGGGUGCAUUCACAGUUGCAGAUGAGGAAAUAAAUGGUACUGGAAAGAAGAUAAGAUCUUCAAGAGCUGCACCUACAACUCCUCCAAAUGUAGUCUCUGAAGUGAAGCUGGCGGAUGUGCCAGUAGCACCAAAACACAUCCCCUUCCCCUAUAUACCUCAAGAUGGCAACCUUCUUUUUGAAGCAAUGACAUUUGUAUUUACACUUGUAGCUACUGGGUUGCAGUUUUUGAAUCUGUACAGAACAGCCUGGUGGCUGCCACAUUCUUAUACAAAUCAGGCAAUGAAUUUCUACUUGAUCGACCCUCAUUUGGUGGCGUUUAUAGUGACAAUAAUAUUCCGCAAACUUCUACUAAGUAUCAGUUUAGCAAUACUCAGGGGUGUUCUCGCGCCAAAAUUGAUGCCACACGCUACUAUAGCUGCCAGAAUGUUCAUAUUGGGCGUAGUGUUAGGUGCCCUCUCGUGGUGCACAUACUUCAUCGUGCUAAAGUAUCCAGUCGUGAAAAUAUUCUACUUGUUAUAUCCGGCUGUGAUAUACUUCCUGCUAUUCGGUUUUCAGUCCGGUCCAUUCUUAGAGUUGAACACUAGCGAUCCGCCGUUACAUUGUUGUACGCACGACGCCGCACAGAUACGCACAGAAGUUGAAGCUUUAAGACAUGACUUUAAUGAUAGGAUGAAGAAAAUAAUAUUUAAUUCAGUCGUUGGAGCAUACUAUUCAAGUUUUAUACCUUGUACUUUUGCACAGCCAUAUCUCUACUACGAAGUAUACGCAGCGUCUCAACAGACAGCGUUUGUAUGGGCGGGCCUGUUCGCGCGGUACGUGAGUCAGCUCGUCAGUGCGACGUACUGCGACGUACCGCAUCGGUCCGCGCUACAUUUGGGUCGGUGGAAACCUGAUAAUAAUUCUUGUACAGAAGGUACCGAGGUAGCGACAUGGUGCGCGGGUCGCAUGUGGUCCCGGGGGGCGCGCGUGUCGUGCAACGGCCGCGUCUACAUCGCCACCACGCCGGCCGUCGCCGCGGACCCGGCCUCCGUCGUCCACACUCGAUUCCAUACGGUGUUCGCAAAUCCCUCGCUGUUACUAUGCGCCAUGUUAUGCCUACAGCUGUCCCUCAUAAUACUACAGUUAUGUUUACUAUUCAGUUCCAUACAAUGGCACAACUUCCUAGCUAUAGUCAUAUUACUCUUCAUAAACUACUACACACUGUUCAAAAUGGUUCGCGACUAUUUAGUCGCUUGGAAAGUCUACAAAGCUGAAAAUAUGAUACAGGAUAAAAAUGGCCCCCUACAUUCUGUUCCCAAUUAAGUGAUAGUCUUUAUUCCUAAGAUUGAAUUGUAUCCCGCGCACAAAAUUUGUUUCCUCUGUGUUGCCAGCUUCGUUGUAUUGUCUUUGUUUGAAUUUGUAUGUUUUGUGUAUGUUUGUAAUAUCGGUUUGCAGUAAUAGACUUAGUCGGUAGAUUUGCUAUGUUAUACUAGUCGUGCGGUUUGAGCGGGUUUGACCCACUAAUGCCCAAUUGCAGAUUUUUUUAUUAAUAAUGCAUCUGAUGUAUUUCUGCUAUUUUCUCCACACACUGGUCUUCCAUAUUUUCAUUAUUAAGUGAGAUGUUUUGUUACCACAGGUAUUCUUUUUAAUGCUUUCCUGUAUUUUUUACAUUUAUUUAUUACGACGAGAUUUCUUAGUUAGCUUCUUGAAGUUAGCAUAUGAAAUUCCGCAGUAAAUUAGUUAACAUACAAUAUAUUUUUUAGAGAUUGGGCAUAGUGUGUUGUCAAUGGUCAGUUAACAUUCCAUAGUGGAUUCCCGAACUCAAUAUAACGAAGCUCGUAAUACAAAAAUCUAUAUCUUGUUGAAUUUCUAAUUGUUGUGUCAAUUGUACUUAAUGUUUGUUUAGAACUGCGCUCAUGUAUUUAUAAGGAAUCGGUUUUUGAACAAAGUUACAUAACAUUGAAUGUGAAAUUAUUAUAAGACUGAUGGUACCUAAUUAGACCAUUGCUAUGUUUAUAAUUCACCCUCCAUAUCAGGUGAUCAUGAGCAUAGAAAAAUAUUGAUUACAUAAUUUUAAUUCGUGUAUUUUGGUGGUACAUGUAAUCGAUGCGUUCCCGCCAAAACGUGUAAACGUCAAAAUUAUACCAAAAACAACAAGAUAUUUAUGACACAAAAUGUGAAAUCCUGAACAAUAUAUCAUACUUGCCAUAAAGUAAAUGAUUUCGUUUUAGUUUAUAUUCUUUAUAAUUGUGACAUAGACCAAGGAAAUCUCAUUUCAUCAUAGUCUAGUCAUGGACUUGAAUGUAAGUAAGUUAUGUUAAUAAAAACUUGAAUGAACAGUGGAGAUAUACUUUUAUUUCAACAUCUUAACAUAUAAAAUAUCCUCUCAGUACAUUAUUUACACGAUUCACACUACACUAUACUUGAAUAGGUAUUAUUGGUUUCAAUCAAUUAAGCCCUGUUAUAAAAAUACUUGAUAAAAAUGAGGUCAAGGCAUUUUAUUGCUUUAUUUAUGGACAUGUUCUAAGUAAUCUCAUAUUGUUUGGAGAAAUACUACAACAAAUGUUUAUAAAAUAAUGAUAAUAAUAGUGUAGUGACAAUUAACUAAGAAUAAGUUAGGCAAACUUACAAAAGUAUUUGAUUUUAUGUCAUCACAAAAACUGACAUAGUUAUCUUAGCCAAUUAUUUCACAGAAACCCAAGAAGAGGUUUUAUUGCUAUCAUUAAUCUGUACCUUCAUUUUCUUCAUUUUAUCCCUAACAAUAUCACAUGCUUGUAGUGUUUCCUUAUCUUUCCUAGAGAGGGCAUUCAGUCUUACCGUAUGCCUGAAUUCAACAAGAGUAUCAAUGAGAGAGUUUGAUAGUACACUGUCUUGAGCAGAAUCCUGCAGUUUCAGUCCAAACUUUGUCAACAUGUCAGUAACAUACUCAGCUAUCAACACAAUAGGCACUGGAUAGUACUCUGAAGUGUCUAACCUAAUCACUUUGUUAGCAUUACUGACUAAAGUAAGCAGAUUAUUAAUGCAAACAGAAGUAUUAAAAUCAUUUUUCAAAGCCUCCAUGUUAGCCUCUUCUGUUUUCUGUAAAUCAUCCAAUAUCUUAUCUUUGUAGUCCCCAUUACUGACUGCAUUAUUAUUGACAUAAAUAAAUGCAUCUUUUAGGAAGAAUUUGAAUUUGUUUAGCACUUCUUCUGCUGUUUUCAUUACUUCUGAGCUGUACUCCAUUGGGUAGCGGUAACUUGAUGUAAGACAAGCCAUCCUGAACACAUCAGCACUGUGGGAUUUCAGCAACUCAGGUAUUAAUAUGGUAUUUUUCAAAGAUUUUGACAUUUUAGUAUCCCCUUUCACAUGUAAGUGGCCAACAUGGACCCAAUAGUUGGCCCACUGUCUUGUGUUGUGGUAUGCACAUGACUGGGCCUCCUCAUUCUCAUGGUGGGGAAACUGAAGAUCUAUACCACCAGCAUGGAAGUCAAUUUGAGAUCCGAACACCUUACUGACCAUAGCAGAGCACUCUAUGUGCCACCCUGGCCUGCCUUUACCCCAUUUCACAUUCCAGGAUGGCUCAUCAGGUUUAUGACCUUUCCAGAGAGCAAAAUCAGUUUUAUUUCUUUUCUCUUCAUUAGCUGCUUCUCCUUCAGUCUGUGCUCUUUGUAGUUUUCCAUAAGAUGGAUAUUUUGUUGUAUCAAAAUAAACUGAACCAUCCAUUGUAACAUAGGCCAUCUCUGUGUCAAUAAGUUUCUGUACAAAACUUUCAAUGGAGUUGAUGUGCUCUGAUACUCUAGUUAUAAUUAACGGUUUCUCAAUGUUUAGUGAAGACAUGUCAAGCCAGAACUCAUGCUCAUACUGUUUGGAAAUGUUCUGAAAGUGCGUCUUAGUUUCUAAACCUUUUUUAAUUAUUUUGUCAUCGAUAUCCGUAAUUCCCAUAGCAGUUACAAGUUUGAUGUUCAGAAAUGAUUUUAUUAUUCGUUGAAUGAUGUCGAGUUUAACGUAGCAGCUCGCAUGUCCAAUGUGGGCGGAGUCGUACACUGUCGGGCCACAAGAGUACCAGGUAGCUAUGUGAGGGUCGUUAAGUAUUACUGGAACUUUCUGGUCCGCAACACAGUUGUAAAUGUACGCACCCGUUGGAUUUCCAUUUGGCAUCAACCACUUCGUCUCCUUAUAUGGUUUUAAACUACACACGUGUGAAAGUUUUCUUGAGAUAACCGGGAAUACUUUCUUCAUUUUCAAUCAGCCGUAAAGUUCAUGGACACGGAAUAAGUAGUAAACCACUGGGGGCAAUGGGCACUGAACUCAAUCUAACAACAGCUGAUAAUGAUAUCAAUGAAAUUGAAAUGAACAAUGAACUGUCAAC